AUGUAUCUUUUUGACAAAUUAAUGAUAGGUUAUGAUCAGUAUAUUUUAAAUAAAACCAAAAACUAUUCUCUGAUUUUAGUAUAUCCUGAUUUGAGAGAAUAUUUAAUAAAAGUAUGUCUUCUUUCUGACAAUUACAAUUCUAUAGAAUGCUUUGAUAUGUUAAAUAUAAAAUUGUCAUCUUCUGUUGUCAUUAUAUUUUUAAGAAAAAUUAUUAAAAAUAUUGUGUUUUUUGUAGAAAAUAAAGCAAAAAAUAUUUUGUUUUCUUUGAAGGAAAAGCUAAAGAAUGUUCUGGAUGCUUUCAAAAGUAGAGGUCAGUGUGUAAUCAUCGUCGGCAAACGUUUAUCGCUGUCAAAAGUUAUAUCGCAUAUAAAAAGCCUAUAA